AUGGCUCAAUCAGGAGACUCGCGGCUGGCGGGGAAAGUGGCGAUUGUCACAGGAGGCGCCUCUGGGUUUGGAGAAGCCACAGCCAAAAGAUUUGCUGAAGUGGGCGCCAAAGUCGUGAUAUCCGACAUCAAUCGCGCGGGGGGCGAACGCGUGGCCGCAACCUCGCCCUCAAUCAAGUUCUUUCCCGCCGAUGUCACGAAGUUGGAAGACUGGCAGGGUCUCCUGGACUUCACACUCAAGGAAUUCGGCAAGGUGUCGAUCCUGGUCAAUAACGCCGGCACGACGUAUCGCAACAAGCCCACACUCGAAGUGACCGAGCAGGAGUUCGACCGCGUGGUGGGCGUCAAUUUGAAGUCGAUUUUCCAGGCCACGCGCGUGAUUGUGCCGUACAUGAUUGAGAAAGGCGAAGGAGGCUCCAUCAUCAACGUGGCGUCCAUCGGGGCCCUGCGCCCUCGUCCGGGCCUUGUGUGGUACAAUGCCUCGAAAGGGGCGGUCUUCAACGCGACCAAGGGCCUGGCGGCGGAAUUUGCGCCUCACCAGGUCCGCGUCAAUGGCAUCUGUCCUCUUUUGUCCGGAACGGGACUGUUUUCCUCGUUUGUGGGUGUGGAGGAUACUCCAGAGAACAGAGCCAAGUUCAUCGCGAACGUUCCGAUGGGAAGGCUCACCGACGUGUUCGACGUGGCUAAUGCCGCGUUGUACUUUGCAAGUGACGAGUCCAGCUUUGUGACGGGGACCAACCUGGAGGUGGACGGAGGACGCGCCAUUGGCUAG